GCGACAUUUACACGGUAAGCUCAUGUUCCAUCGAAAAGUAUGCAGUGCCGUCGCAUCAUUCUUAUUCUUCUGAUCGAUGUCUUUAUCCCCGGUCAAAUGCAUCUGGUUUUCGCCAGUGGUCCGGAGUUAUCCGACACAGCUAAUAAGCUUAGUCAACCGCCCACGUCAGUAGUGUCGGCCCCGGAAACGGUUGGCGUGCGGGCGAUUGCGCCGCCUAUUAGGGGAAGUACUGCUGGCGUUGCACCGGCAAAUUCCACCCGGAAUGCGCCAGCGUUGACUAUGAGUGAUUUUGACCAGGGAGAGCUGAGAAAAGAUCCGCUGUGUGGGGAAAACUUCCGCUUCCCCUACGGCUGCGAGGACGAAGAGUGUCUGUAUAUGGCCACAUGGCGGCCGGGCAAUAAUGCCGACGAAGUGGAGUUUAUCAUCGAGACCGGAACACCAGAUCUCUGGACCGGGAUUGGCUUCGGUGAUGAACGGCAAAUGGUCGACUCGGACAUUAUCUACGGUUUUAUCCGGUCGAACGGGAUACCAAAGAUGAUAGACGCCUACGCCAAGGAUUAUACGGCACCGGCCAGGGACUGGGACAAUAACAUCCGCAUCAUCGAGGGGGGCCGGCGUGGCGACCGAGCAUUUUUUCACUUUGCCCGCAAACUGGCGACCGGCGACAAAUACGAUUACGAGUUCGGCCCCGGCCGCUGCCCCUACUUUAAGUUCCCUGUCAUGGGUUCCACCUUCACCGAAUCCGCUGUUACCGGGCUGAUCAAGCAGCACCGGCGGACGCCCAUCAUCAGUUCAAUAAAGAUCUGCAUUGGCAGCUGCACUGCCGAGCAAAUUGCCGCCCUGCGAAAUACUACGACGGUAGCUUCCACGACAGCCACCGUUCCCACAACGGUUGCCGCCAAUCAAAUGUUCUCCGCCGCCGCUUUGCACGGCACCAAAGCGGCCGGUGCAGGCGGCAGCUCCAGCUCAGAGAAAGUGCUGACCUGCAUGGGAGAGUUCCGCUAUCCUCACAACUGCUCGGAAGAGAAUUGCCAGUACAUGGCUCAAUGGGACUACGUACCGGAAACGGACGAAAUUAAAUUUAACAUUGUAACCACAGUUGUCGACAAAUGGACCGGUAUCGGCUUCAACGAUAAGCCAUUCAUGCCAUCGGCCGACUUGUUCUAUGGAUGGGUGGACGAGGGCGGCAGGGGGAUGCUGAUCGAUGGCAAAGCGCCGGACGGCCACCUGCAGCCGGUACGCGACGUAAUCCAGGACGGGAAGAAUCUCACUGCCCUGCGCAGCGAGCGCUUUAUGGCGCUGUCCUUCCAUCGCCGGCGACUGACCGCCGACAAAAACGACUUCCAGUUCACCGGUGACGCUUGCGCCUACAUGCUGUUCCCCGUGAGGGGCGGCGCUUUCAAUGCCGACACUCUCAGAAUCAGCAUACACGAGGCAGUUCCGCGGGUCAGUCAGACACAAGUCUGCAUCACGUCGCAGUGCGCGGACGUAAUGGCCGCAACAGAUGUUCACAAACCGUCUGAGAAACAAAUCCGUACAGACGUUUCAGCGGGACAAAAUCCCAGCGCCACGCUUCGACCGGCCGCGACACCGGAAAGCACUACCAUAAACAUCCCAAGUUAUCUGCCGUGUGAGGGCACUUGGAAAUAUCCAGACAACUGCGAUGAGCCCAACUGCAUCUACGUGGCUUCAUGGAGUUUCUUGGACGACGCAGACGCAAUCCGCUUCGUGGUCAAGGCCAAAGCAGCCGGCUGGACCGGCAUCGGCUUCAACGACGACAAGGCCAUGAAAAACGCUGACGCCGUCAUUGGAUGGAUAACGGCAAAGAAUACGGUGGUCGUCACUGACCGGCACUGCGUGGACAACCGGGCCGCGCCAAUGGAUGAGGAGCAGGACCCCUUCGAUAUUUCCGGUCGACGAGAGGAUGGCUACCAAGUAAUCGAAUUCACCCGCAAACGCGACACUGCUGACCCUAACGGCCAAGACUACGCAUUCAGGGAUGAGAAGUGCCCGUACUUCAUUUUCCCCGUAGUGGGCGGUGCGUACGAUCAGUAUGGUGGAAUCCAAUGGCAUAGCCAGAAACUCCUGCCCAAGAUCAGCUCGGGGCGCGUCUGCGUGCGCAGUUGCAGUGUGGAUCAGGCGCGUUUCAUGGUGGUCACGGUGCGUAUUGUCGACCGCACCUGGACGCCGGAGAUGAUUUCGGACAGUAGUGCGGACUUCAUGAACCUGGAGGCGGAAGUCAAAGCGUCUAUUGGGAAGCUGCUGGGCAAAACACCGGGUUUCCGGAGGACGCGGCUACUGAGUUUGCGCCCGGAUGGCGGUGUCGUCGUCGCGGUGGAGAUCAUCAUCGAUCCCACGGCCAAUCAGACUUCAGCGGCCGCCGCCAAAACCACACGGGAGAUCCUACAGAGCACCGUCAGAACACGACAUCAGCUGGGAACAUCUUCGUUCACUGUUGACCCCGACAGUCUCGACAUUUCCCGCGCAGAACCCUUGUUCAUGGACGGGUUUCCGACUGCUGCCUCGGACACCACCACCGUGAUGAUGAGCGACAAGGCUCUCGAGUCGGAUGGGCGCACAAGCGCCAUUAUUGGCGGCGUUUGCGGAGCCAUUAUUAUCAUGUUGCUGUUGGCGCUCGGGACAUUGUGGUAUGUCCGCAAAUCCCGCAUUCAGCGCCUCCGAGAUAGCGUUCUCACCUUGUUUGCCUUUUGGCGAGCGCGAGCGGACACGGUUGCGCUGGUCCCUGUACAGCCUGUCAACGCUGUUGUGCUCAAUGGGGAACUGGCAGCGGAAAGGAGGAAUUCGCGUGUUAGUGAGCUGGUAACGGAAGCUGAGCAUCACAACAAUGAGCUGCAACGCUGAUUUGAGUCCUUGGAUUUGUCAGCGUAAAGUUGCUUUUUUCCCUUUUUGUGUGAUAGCUACGAGGUUGUUCGCGGCUUUAUCUAUCCGGCAUACCUGCAAUCAGGGUUAGGUAUUUGCCUCGUUGACACAUUUUACGGAGGAAUUAAACUGUCGGUACCAACAUGAUAAAGCUUAUUGUCAUGACAAAAAAU